CAGGACAACCCAUGCAGGAGGUAUGCAUUAACUCCUCCCCUCGCUCUGCGAUCUGUUACGUCCUCCUCCCCCUCUCCGGAGCCAGCAGCAGCCGCACAGGAGCUGCCGUGCCUCUUCUUUCACGGAGGAGAUCCCGAAAGCCGGAGUAAUAGCUAAACCCCAUACAGCCAUGGCAGAAAACGCCGGCUUGGAAAACCACCGCAUCAAGAGCUUUAAAAAUAAGGGACGUGAUGUCGAGACUAUGAGAAGACAUCGAAAUGAGGUGACGGUUGAGCUGAGAAAGAACAAACGAGACGAACAUCUACUGAAGAAAAGAAAUGUCCCGCAGGAGGAGAGUCUGGAAGACUCUGAUGUCGACUCAGACUUCAAAGGACAAAAUGUUACACUUGAUACCAUCUUACAAAACGCUACCAGUGAUAAUGCAGUUAUCCAGCUCAGUGCUGUACAGGCAGCCAGAAAACUGCUCUCGAGUGACAGAAACCCUCCAAUCGAUGACUUGAUAAAGUCUGGGAUCCUGCCCAUUUUAGUCAAAUGCCUGGAAAGGGACGACAACCCCUCUCUUCAGUUUGAGGCAGCUUGGGCUCUGACCAAUAUUGCCUCAGGGACAUCAGCACAGACUCAGGCUGUGGUUAAAUCCAAUGCAGUGCCCCUGUUCCUGCGACUGCUACACUCUCCCCACCAGAACGUAUGUGAACAGGCUGUAUGGGCUUUAGGAAACAUUAUAGGUGAUGGUCCGCAGUGCAGGGAUUAUGUCAUCUCCCUGGGCGUGGUCAAGCCCCUGCUUUCUUUCAUCAACCCAUCAAUCCCCAUCACCUUCCUCCGCAAUGUUACCUGGGUUAUUGUUAACCUCUGCCGCAACAAGGAUCCACCACCACCCAUGGAGACUGUGCAAGAGAUUUUGCCCGCCCUCUGUGUGCUAAUAUAUCACACCGAUAUAAAUAUCCUUGUAGACACAGUGUGGGCUCUGUCCUAUCUGACGGACGGGGGCAACGAGCAGAUCCAAAUGGUCAUUGAUUCUGGAGUUGUUCCAUUUCUUGUGCCUCUCCUCAGUCAUCAGGAGGUCAAAGUUCAGACGGCAGCUCUGAGGGCAGUGGGUAACAUUGUGACGGGGACAGACGAGCAGACACAGGUUGUGCUCAACUGUGACGUUCUCUCACACUUUCCCAACCUGCUCACACACCCUAAAGAAAAGAUCAACAAGGAAGCAGUGUGGUUCCUGUCCAACAUUACAGCUGGGAACCAGCAGCAGGUCCAAGCUGUGAUCGAUGCUGGACUGAUUCCUAUGAUUAUUCACCAACUGGCUAAGGGUGACUUUGGCACUCAGAAGGAGGCAGCGUGGGCCAUCAGCAACCUCACCAUCAGCGGGAGGAAAGACCAGGUGGAGUUCCUGGUGGAGCAGAAUGUCAUCCCUCCCUUCUGUAACCUGCUGUCAGUGAAGGACUCCCAGGUGGUGCAGGUUGUCCUGGACGGCCUGAAGAAUAUCCUCAUCAUGGCAGGAGACGAAGCCAGCACCAUCGCUGAGAUCAUAGAGGAGUGUGGAGGUUUGGAGAAGAUAGAAAAUCUGCAGCAGCAUGAGAAUGAGGAUAUCUACAAACUAGCCUUUGAGAUUAUUGAUCAGUACUUUUCAGGAGAUGAUAUUGAUGAAGAUCCCAGCUUGAUCCCUGACACCACUCAAGGAGGGACCUUCAACUUUGAUCCAGCUUCCAACAUGCAAACGAAGGAGUUUAACUUCUAAAAGCCAGGAUGUUUGAUUCAACCAGCUGCACGGGUACUCUGUAAUCACCCCAGACAUUCAUCCAUCUCUCCUCCAACCUGGCAACCUGGUACAGAAGGAUUUACUUCGACUUACUACAUACAUGGAAACUCACCACUGAAGGAUUUACCAACCCCCACCUCUGCACUGCGGGGUGUUAUUUUUUUUUUUUUUGUUGUUUUUUUUUUUAAAUGGUCAUCCUUCAUCAAACACGGCAACCCUACAUAGGAGUCCAGGUCUUUCAACAGGCACCAUCACCAUCUGGCAACCUGCAUCAGGAGGAUUGUCAGUGCUCGCUGCCAGUGCUUCUAAGUAUCACACAAAAAUAAAACCAGAAGGAAGAAAAGGCCUUCAUGGCAAGAUUUAAUUGCCAAAUGUCAAGUCUUCAUAAAGACAAAAACACAAGCACACUUUCUGACGCAACACAUGCAUAUACACAGUUUUUGACACUUAGAAUUUGUGUGCAUAAUUCUGUUAGAAGCCAUCAUAUCACUUAUGGGGAAGAAAUACUGCUGUUUGUUUGUGAUUUAUUUUUGUGCUCUCUCCUCCCCUGGAUUGUCCUCUGGUGUUCACCCACGCGCACACACACUGACAUACAAGUACACACAUUGACACACGUAGUCACACAGAUUCCCGGUGGCCGGGCACCCCAAUAACCCUCUCUCACCCAGUUUAAAGAGUUAAUCCCAGAGCUAAGCCAUGAUUAACUACGGACCCCCACUGCCCUCCCCGGGAGAGUCCUGGGGGAAGGUGGAGGGGGUGAAAGGGCUCAAAGGCAAAAAGAGGACUCCGUGGCAAACUGACUGACUGGACUUCUGACUCAAUGACGUCACUUUUUUAAUGUGACCUCUGUUGAAUUAUCAAACUUAACGUUUGUUUCAAAAAAAAAAAAAAAAAAAAAUCAUCAAAAAUGUGAAGAAAAUGCCAUAAUUUUUUUUUUUUUUUUUUUUUUUUUUUUUUUUUUUUUUUUUCUAAAGACCUGUUAACUGCCUGCUUCUGAUUCAGCAGAGCGACAACACUUUUGUUUUUACUGGGUGUGAAUACCUGUCACUGGAGGAAGCACCUUUAGGUGAAGGUGAGAUUUAAGAGAAGAGAACGUGUCAGCUGUAGCCCCCCCCUCCCCCUGCUCCAUUUUGCAGCAUUAGUUCGGUCCUGUCCUGUGGUCCAGUGAACUGUUUGCUCGGGACUCCCCUGUAAUGUGAAACUCGGAAGAGGGGGUAUAACAAAAAAAACAUCGAGCUAAAAUCUUAAUGAGUUACUUAUCUGACCUUAAGCUUAUUUUAAUUCUUUUAAAUUCUCUCUUCAAACAAAUAUUUUAGGUUCAUGUUUCAGCAUCUUCUGGUUGAGUCUGUGGAGCUUCCAUAUGUCUUGUUUUCCUUUUCUUCAGUCUUAUGCACACUUCUGAGAGGCAUAUUGAUGUCUGCCUGCAGAAAGGGACCUAUACUCAUUGAAGACUAGGCUUAUACGACGAGUACAGGUCCUGACAUUUAUAGUAGGCUACUUAACUACUUUCGAUGAAGAGGUCACAUGUCAUCACUCAAUUUGAAAAAUUGUACAAAAAUGUGAUGUGUAUCUCUCCUUGCCGUUUAAUGAAUAUAUGAAUAUAUUUACAUAAAGCCUGUACAAAGCUGCUGCAGCUGACAGUCAUUGGAUGGACGAUAACUUUACUGUCAAAGAUGGCUGGGGAGGGUUUUUUUCUGUUGAAGCAAUAUUUCUUUGUUUCAUUUUUGUUUUUGACUUGCAUAUGUAUUGUGAUGACAUGCUGAUAAAUUGGAACAGGCUGUUUUGUUUUUUUUUUCCCUCUCUGUCUUCGUAGUGGUGACGGGCUGUUUUAAAAUGUACCGUCCCAUGUCCCCAGUUGGUGUGUGGUUAUGGGUUUGAGGUGUCAAACUUGUGUACCCGACCCUAGCCCUGGUCUCGGAGACUUUAUGAUCCUCUGGCUGGCUGCUAACUACUGAGAGGGGGUCAGAGCAAAGGGGGGAUCACACUGGGGUUUUAAAUAUUGGGUGGGGUUGUUAUGAGCAGCCCAGGCUUGUUUUUGGGACUAGCUGUUUAUUACUGAACAAAACUAUAGAGAGGGUGUACAGUCAUGAACUAGCAGACUAGACGAGCCACUUUAAAGACUUACAAUUUCGUUGCCUUGUAUCUGAAUUGGAUACAAGCUUAUGUUUGUUGCAAGAUUUUUACUUGCUAAUGAAAAGUUGUUUUAAAUAAAAUAAUAGGAGAAAAGCAACAGACAGCGUUUUGGCCUCUGAUUGUUUAUAUCUUUUUAUAAAUUUUAGAUUGAAUUCCUCUCUUUAAGGUGGCUCAUUGAUGCUUUCAACUCUUGUGCAUAUUAAAGACAAGAAUGAGUUGAAAAUCAUUGUGCCUUUUGUUUUUCAUUUAAACUAAAACUAGGUUUUAUUGAAUAAAAAUAUUCUUUGAGCAACUGGAGAAUUGAGAUGGGAGCUGUGGCCACAGUAAUAUGUGGUCUCCCUGUUGUUGCAGUUUGCCAUGGGAAUGGUCAAUGCUGCUCUCUGCUGUUGAGAGUAACUGCUCCCCCUUCAAUCUUAUUCACUGAACAUUGUAACGCACCAUUUCUCCCACUCAUUACCCUCCCCGCCUCCAACACCACAAACCAUCUUUGCCAUAUUUCGGUCAGGGGAUUUUUGAUAUCUCCUCUCAUCUCACCCUCAGGACAUGAUCUGUGUUUCUGAUCCUAACCAAAAUAAACUUGCUGUUUAGCCGUUGGAUCCUC